GGGAGCCGGGCGGGCGCCGUUGCGGCUGCGAGGGGCGGGCGCGGCUGCGCUGACGUCACACUGGGACGUCCCAGCGCUGUCGCAUCCCCCGCUGCGAGGUGUGAGAAGCCGUGCGUGGGCAAGGUUGAAAGCGUUCUUGCCCCUCCCUCGUUACUCAGUGCGGAGGGAGGCAGCCCGGAAUCCUUACGGUGGAGCCGAGCAGCUAUGGACCCUGGAAAUGUCAACAUUGGAAAUUACUCACAGAAUGUACUAACUCAGCCAGUUGACACCAGCAUUUCUUCCUUCAGACAAUUUGAACCCCUUUGCAAAUUUCAUCAGACAGAAGCAUUUAAUAAUGAAAUGGUAACAUUUCAAAAUCUGACAGAAGGCUUAUCUUAUACAGAGGAGCCAGAAUUGCAACGUCAUGUAUAUAAUUAUGCAGAAGACACCAAUAUACAGGAAGAUUCAUUUAAGGAAGAAAAUCCAAAGAGAACUAGCACUUCCACAAAUAAAGAUCAACUUGUUCUUAAGUGUGUCAGACAACCUCCUAGAAGGCCACCUCUAAUCCACUGCAGUGGAGAGAUGCUGAAAUUCAUGGAAAUGUCACUGGCUAAUAGUACUGCCAUGGAAUCUGCCCUCAACCCUAGUCAACCUCAAGGCUUCUUGUGUGAGGAAAAUUUACACAGUGAUGUUGAACAAGCACUUUAUAAGGAGAAUAGCUUUGACCUGCUUGACCUGAGAGCUAAUUAUAAAACAGAGGAGAUUGCAGGUUCUUCAAAAGAAAUACAGAAUUCUACGGAUAUUCCUGAGAUGUCAGUCAGGCACCGAAAGGAAGUCGCAGUGGAGGGGAGGGAGAGUCCAGAGAUUGUCUCAACUUGGUCUCCGACAGGCAUUUCUUGGAGUGGUGGAGCAUCUCUGGAGGACUGCAUGACACCCGACAGACAGCAGAGCUUGGAAAGCUCACAACCUCUGGAAGAGGACAUGGCUUUAAACGAAGUCCUACGAAAAUUAAAAUGUACUAACAAAGAACAGCAAACUCUGAUCCAAGACCUACAGCGUAGUAACAUGUAUUUAGAGAAGAAGGUUGAAGAACUGCAGAUGAAGACAACUAAACAGCACGUGUUCGUGGACAUCAUCAAUAAGCUAAAGGAGAAUGUUGAAGAAUUAAUUGAAGACAAAUACAGAGUAAUGCUAGAGAAGAAUGAUACACAGAAGACUUUGCAGGAUUUGCAUGAGAUUUUAGUUAACACCCAAAAACAUCUUCAGGAAUCCAGGAAUGAAAAGGAAACCUUACAGCUAGAGUUUAAGAAGAUCAAGGGCAAUUAUGUUAGUCUACAGGAAAGGUACAUGACUGAAAUGCAACAAAAAAAUAAAGCUGCAAGUCAGUGCAUGGAGACGGACAGAGCCUUAAGCAAGAAAGAAGAAGAGGUAGAGAGGCUGCAGCAACUCAAAGGAGAACUGGAAAAGGCCACCACUUCUGCCCUGGACUUGUUGAAAAAGGAAAAAGAGACCAGAGAACAAGAGUUCCUGUCUUUACAGGAGGAAUUUCAGAAACGUGAAAAGGAAAACCUGGGUGAAAGACAGAAACUGAAAUCUAGACUUGAGAAAUUGGUCGCUCAGGUUCAAAAUUUGCAGUUCAUAUCCAAUAAUGAAAAGGCUAAGAAUACAGAACUCCAGCAGCAGAUCAACAAAGUAAAAAAUGAAAACUCAAAACUUCAGCAGCAGGUUGCAAGGAGUGAGGAGCAAAAUUAUGUCCCUAAAUGUGAGAUAGCUCAACUCAAGGAGAACUUAGAGGAAGGAAUAGAGUCAGAGAUGGCAAAGGUCCAUUUUCCCAAAGUGUGUUCCGGGAGUAUCUUUGAGGUCAAAAGCAUUUUCAUGGAUGCAAAGAUGAUACAUUCUAAUUUGUUCCUGAAUCACUCACCUUGUGAAGGAGAGAGCCCGAAUCCCCCAGAUGUGAAAAGAACUUCGCAGCUGACCUCCAAAAUUCGCAGUCUUCUGGCUCUGAUGGUACGACUUCUCAUGUGCCAGGACAUCACCAAUCCCGAUGCUGAACAUUUCAAAGAGAAUGAGAAAGUUAGUGAUAUCAUGCUACAAAAAUUGAAGAGUUUUCAUCUUAAGAAGAAAAAGUUAGAUAAAGAGCUACUGAAACAUAAAGACAGAAUCACAGCUUUCAGAGAGUUAAUUGCUAAUGAAAAAUUAUUUCAAGAUCAGGUUACUGAGGUUACAGACUUUGAUUCAAAUGAAGCCAAGAAUGUCGGAGAGGUACCCGUCUUACUGGGAGCCAAACUGGAUCAGUACCACAACCUGAACGAAGAGCUUGAUUUCUUGAUUGCAAAAUUGGGAAAUCUUCUAGAGUUAAAAGAAGACCACUGCAGCAGACUCAUUGAAGAAAAUGACAAGUAUCAAAGACAUUUAGGCAACUUAAUAAAUAAGGUUACAUCAUACGAAGAAAUUAUCGAAUGUGCUGACCGAAGGCUCAUGAUAUCGAACUCCCAGAUUGCACAUUUAGAAGAGAGAAAUAAACAUUUGGAAGAUUUAAUUAGAAGGCCCAGAGAGAGAGCCAGAAAACCAAGACUGAGAAGUCAUCCGAAGCCCGUGACCGUGGUAGGUCAUACUGAUGAUCAUGAUAAAGAAUGCUAUAUUCCCAUGUGAUUGUCAAUUUACACAAAAUUAAAUAUGAGUUCCUAAAGUUAUGUCUCAGUAAUGU